AUGAUCGUUCCUUCUGAGGAGGAGCCAAUACAGUACAUUGAUGACACCGAGCCUGACUAUACUCCAGUCGAGCACCCGUAUGAGCCCGUCUACACUCUAGCUGAUCACUUCAGCUCAGACCCUUCGAGCUUGUUCAGUCACCAGUUGGACUUGAGCUUCUCAGCUCAGAUUAUGAGCCAGACGAGGACGAGGAGGAUUCCGCCACAUCCCCAUAGAUCUCACCACAUAUUCCAAUUCCCCGAUCACACUGACCCCGCUUUACUAGUACUCGUGUAA